ACGGCAGCUACUCUGCUUUAUUCUUAAUGAGACUUGUGGAACAGAAGCUCGAUGACUCACAAAAUCAUAACAAUACAAUUACAAACAAACCACAGAACGGGUGAGGUUUGAACCCAUGUUCUGGAAUUUUAGGACGCGUCAUUGGUUCAGACCCCACCCGUUCCUUUUUUUUUUUUUUCAGAAGAUAGAUGUUUCCAAGUCAUUUCAUCACAGGUAAAAACAAAGUCAGCCUAGGCUGAGAGACUUCAAUAGGGUAAUGAGGAUUAUCGAGAAUUCCUUUAUGAGUUCAGUAGCUACGGAGGUUUGAGGACUUCCUUCCAGCAGAACUGGAAUUACUAUCACCCGGGUACAACAUGGGUUCUGGGGAAUUAAAACUGACAUGUAUAAUAUAAUUCUCAUCCAUUUAGAAAUGUUGCUGUAUGACCCUUGUGGGUUAAGCGCGUAGUUAUGAUAAUUUAGAACAGUUACUCGUGAUUUUGAUCUGCCUCUGUAAUUUUUGAGGUAAUGGUUGGUUGGGAAUUUAUGUAUCGUGUCCCAUUUCUUAGCAAUGUUAAAGAAUUAAAGAAACCUGUGUAAUAACUUUCCAGGUAUUUCUUUAUUUCCUUAUCCCCAAAAUGAUGGAGUGCUUUGAUCUUGGCGAACGGCUCUUGAUCCAGUGAACUGAAGCUGCCCUCCCCUGCCUUGAAUGAAUUCAACUUGAUUGGUUCCCAUUCUCCAGGCGCUGUAUGGCACCAUGAUCAUACUCUGGUAUUAAGUACAAAGUUUUUAUGCCAAUUGUCAAGCCAAGUCUGGCGCUUCUGAUGAAGAUGCAGUCAAAUUUAAAUUAAAGAAUGUUCACGAGCUGUCUCUUAUUUUCCUUUUAUAUAACCCAUACGGAUUUAGUUCUUUCCCGUGAAAAUGGUAAUAAUUUGAAAGGUUAGGUAAGAUUGGUCAGGAGACAGGACAAUUGUUUCCCGAGGCGGGUAUUAGUCAUUUGAUGACCCACCGCUGGAGCUUCCGCUCAUCUGACCGAGGCCUUCCACUGGCUUACCACUCCACCCCUUAAAAUUUAUGGUCAUGAUUAUUUUGAAAGGAGAGCGUUAGAAAAUCUUUGGGACAUUUAUGCUUAAUGAUUUAUUCAUAAGUGUACGUAUCGCAUCCCCGCUUCUCAUUGAUUUGGCAAUGUCUCUCCUCAUUGUAAGUGAGAGAGUUGGGAAUUGAUUGUGUGGGUGAGGCGGGGACGAAGGUGUGUUACUGAGUGCUGGUGUAUGAUGGUAGGAUUAGCAAAGAAUAAAAUUCGCCCUUUGUAAAUACAAUUACGAUUCAAGUUAUUAUCCUUAUCGUUUUGGAUAUUGUUUCGAUGAUAAUUUAAUAAUAAUAAUGUAAUCAUCUGACAUCUUAAAUAUUUUUUAAUGAUGUGUUUUUUGAUUAGGGUCAUGUGGUACCUUCUGCCUUUACUGCUGUACCUCUGCUCACCUGCAAGUCGACUCACCCUGGGUCACGCAGGCGGUCUGGAUGUGGGCGGGGAUGUACUGCCAUUUUUCCCCUCACAUAAUUCGAGGGUGUGUCAAGGGGGUUGGUGGGGGUGUGAGUGUGCUACAAGCUUCAUAAACCAGCCGUGCAUGAUGUUGAUUGCCUUAGGGUUGAAGUUGAUGCCAGAGGUGGUGGAUGCGUCUCUCCACUAUGGGUUUUGUGUCAGCAGAGAGUAGGUGGCUGCCAAGACGCGAGCAGGCAGAGAAGGGCAAGAUAUGGGCUGUGAAGGUCCUUUCUCCAUCAGAAACUGAGAGAAGAUUAAGGCAGAGAUUCGACGAGGCUUUCGAGUUGUGUGAGAAUGAGAAAAUGUUGCUGUGGCCCUUCAAGCAGGAGCUCGAGACGAAGAGUUUGUUCCUUGUCCCAGAAACCCCACACAAAGCAAGCUUCCCAAAUAUCUUUCGCCGAUCACUCCGGCCCCUGAGAAUGUGUCUGCGGGUGUUGAGCAUUCUACCUUUCACCUACAACGUAAGCAGAGGACAAUACGUGAUGAAGUGGUGUACUUUCGCCUUUCUCCAAUCGGUGAUUACCGCUAUCUACCUCACGGUACUGAUGGUAACCAUUGUGGUAGGUGGAGUCACCAUGUUUUCUCAGUCGGAGAUUCAUCAGACGCAGGAAAAUAUUACCAUAUUUGACAUUAAGAUGUUGGUGGUGCUGCUCAUCGGUGGGAACCUGAUGAACGCCUGGGUUCAAGUGCUCAGCUUACUGUACGGUGGACAGCGGGUGUGUGGACUCCUCAACAGCUGGAACAGUCUGGUGGCCGCCACCCACCUCGACCCGCUGAAGGGGCUGCAGGUGACGAUGCGGAUGCAGAUUGGACUUCUUUGUGGGUUUUGUGUCAUCGUGCUGACCUUGUCAUUCAUGGAGGCUCCUGACGUCUUGGUUUGGGGCCUUGAUGGCGUCGCGCAGACCAUUCUCUUGGUACCCGAGGAAUGGUUCUAUCAGUCUCCAGCCUUUGUCAAGGUGGUGCGUGUGGUAACUUGUGUGGUGUGUCUUCACUUGUUCUCCGUCUUCAAGAGUUUCCUCUUUUCCUUCAUUAUCAACUGUCACAUGCUGAAGAAUGGACUCGCCUCCUGGAACCACCAGCUCUCUGACGCUCUGGAAGCCAUGUGGCGUGUUGGUGGUCGCCGGCGAGGUCAUCUUGGUAUGCUGGUUCAGAGUCACUUCCAGCUGGUCCGCCUGGUCCGGGAGACUGAGGAAAUAUUCGGUCCCAUGUUGCAGUGCUACUACGGCUCCACGGUAGUCAUCCUGUGCACGGAGCUGUAUCUGCUGGCGUAUCGUUUGGGGUGCAGCAUUUACUCAGCAGAUGGAGUUGUCACCAUAGCACUCAUGACGCUACAAACAGCAGCUGUCUUCACUAUGGUCUCCCUCUCUGCUGCUGCCAUCGAGGAGGUGGCAAAUGACAGCAUUGAUAUUCUACGCCGGGGAAUCCCUUUUAAUACUUCUAACAGAGAUAAGUUUAAUAUGGAGGAGCUGACAAUGGCACUGACAAGGUCACCCAUUUACAUCACUGGAGGCAAGUUCUUUGUCAUCAAUCGUCCUUUCAUCAUCACGGUGAUGAGCGCCGUCAUUACGUACUUCAUUGUCAUGAUACAAUUCAUGCAGCCCUGCCAGGACCAGGCAGACACCAACAACACACAGCUCCUAGGCUCCACCCAGGAGGAUUUUUCUUAAACUCAGUGUGUCCUUCACUUAGAAAUCUAUCUUCAUUUCUGAACUUCUUUAACCUCAGAAACACACCAAGCUCUAGACCCUAUUUAUAACUCUCUCAUGUAUAGAUUUGGGAUUUCAAUACAAGUGUGUUUGAUAAAUGCUAAACUUUGCAUGUUCCAUCAGGAAAGUCAGUUAUAUUUAUUUUACUCUUUACAAAACCCCUGGGCCACUGCUCACAAAGGCCCUAUAUUCAAAACAAUACACAAACCUUUUCCCCUUCAGCCCAGGCUCAGUACCCUCAGGAUUCUUUGACUUUCAGAGUUUAGAAUGCAUGAAAUUCAAAAUUGAAAAGGUUUUCAUCCUUUAUAGCUUACAAUAAGCAAGAAAUGUGCUGAUGUUGAUGUCAAAAUGGUAGUCAUUUCCUGCAAGAUAAUUUCCAAUCUCUUGAAAAUUAUAAAAUAAUUUAAAUUAUUUUUUGCAUCCUUAGGCCCGUUUAGUUUUUUAUCUACUUGCAUCUAAUAUACAGUAUAUAUUCCCCCACACAAUGUACAUAAAUAGGGCAAAUUAUUAUGUGGGUAACCCAUUAAGUUAGCAACAGUACAGUGUUCCAGGCUUUGUCUUGUCAACCCCUCGGCAACACAAUGCAGUAACUAUCUUUGCCUAAUUUCCUGUGAUUAUAAUAAUCAAGAAAGACUUGCUUUCUAAAUAAAAUACUUUUGCCAAACAGCAUAACAACAUACUAUACAACUCAAUUAUUACUUACUAGUUAUAAUAUAGUACACCAGUGAACUCAAUUCAAUCAACUGCAGUAUAUACUAGUUAUUUGAAAAUGCUACUAAACACACAGGAAUCACACAGCACAUGGGGGAACAGGAGGCAAUCAGGUUAAUCCAGUUGAGAGAUUAGGUCAAAUUCCUUGGAUCAGGAGCCUCCCCUCUGAGCUUCUGUCUGUUAUCUAGAAAAACUGUCAACAUAGUAACACUUUCAUGUCAAAGAUAAAAAUUACUAUAUAACAAUAAGCACAACAUUUGUUCUGCAUAAGUUCCUUGCAUUAUAUUUCAUGCAAUCCCACAGAAAGGGUCAGAUUAUACAUAACACAC